AUGCAUUUUGGUAACAUCGUCAAGCCGGUGCUGUUUGCAGCCCUCGUGCAAGGAUAUGCAAACCCUGGCAGUUGUUCAGGGGCUUGUGUCGUUCAUGACCCGACCUUGAUACAGAGAUCAUCGGACAAUCUUUAUUUCCGAUUUUCUACCGGCAACAAGAUUUCCUAUGCAAGUGCCUCGUCUAUCAAAGGCCCGUGGACUACCAUUGGGUCCAUGUUGCCCGGUGGAUCAUCUAUUGAUCUCGCCGGAAAUGAUGAUCUGUGGGCCCCCGAUGCCCACUUUGUGAAUGGUCUUUACUAUGUUUAUUACUCUGUGUCAACUUUUGGUUCACAGAAUUCGGCCCUUGGACUAGCCACAUCUGCAACCAUGGAGUCUGGCUCCUGGACUGACCGUGGAAGAACUGGUAUUGCGUCGUCAUCUACUAGUGCGUACAAUGCUAUUGACGGUAAUUUGCUUAAAGCUGGUGACACUUACUACAUGAAUUUUGGCUCCUUUUGGCACGAUAUCUACCAGGCUCCAAUGAGCUCAGAUGCCACUAAAGUCGCAUCUUCGUCCUACAAUCUGGCGUAUGACUCCUCUGGAACACAUGCUGUGGAGGGUGCCUACAUGUAUCAAUAUGGAAACUACUACUAUCUCUUUUUCUCUGCCGGUAUCUGUUGUGGCUAUGACACAUCUCGCCCCGCCAGCGGAGCGGAAUACAAGAUCAAGGUCUGCCGAUCGACCUCACCUACUACCGGAUUUGUCGAUAAAGCGGGUACCGCUUGUAUCAGCGGAGGUGGCACAGUUGUUCUAGAAAGUCACGGCACAGUCUAUGGUCCUGGUGGACAGGGCGUGUAUACUGAUCCUAGCCUCGGCCCAGUGCUUUACUACCACUAUGUUGACACCACUGUAGGCUAUUCUGAUAGCCAGAAACUCUUUGGGUGGAAUCAGAUCGAUUUCUCAAGCGGAUGGCCCGUGGUUUAA